AUGAGCUCGGUGGGGGUGGCGGCCUGCCAGCCGCCCCCCAGCUCGGACACCCAGGUCUCCCAGGGCGCAGCACGCCCGCGCCAGCGCCCGUCCGCGGUCCUCCAGCAGCCGGGGCAGCCCGGGCUCAGCGAGGCGCAGAAGCGGGUCCUGGACCUGGAGAAGAGCCUGCAGUUCCUGCAGCAGCAGCACUCGGAGACGCUGGUCAAGCUCCACGAGGAGAUUGAGCACCUGAAGCGAGAGAACAAGGAUCUCCAUUACAGGCUAAUAAUGAAUCAGAAGCCACCGAAAAAAGGUAGCAUCUCCAAUUCCAGCUUGCAGUCCAUCAAGUCCAUCUCGAACUCAUCGUCAGCCAACUCUCAAGGCAAGGCCAAGCCUCAGCCCAGCACCAAGAAGCAAGACUCGAAAGCUGACAUUCUCCAGAAGACGGACCCGGAAGAGAAGCCCCCGGCUGCGGCCCCGCUUCACAGCAGCAAACUGGACAAAGCCCCCGGGGCACAGAGGCCGGCCAAAGACGAAGUGGAGACCUUUAAUCCAGAGGCAACCUCCGUGGCGGGCAGCCAGCACAAGGGCAAGCAGGUGACAGGGAUGCCCCGCCUGAUGAACCUGCCCCCCCACUUGCGCAAACCCACCUCGCUUCAGCAGUGUGAGGUGGUCAUCCGCCAGCUGUGGAAUGCCAACCUUCUGCAGGCCCAAGAGCUGCAGCAUCUCAGGUCUCUGCUGGAAGGGACCCACAGGUCAUCCAAGGCUGCCCCCGAGGAGGCUGGCCUGAAUUCUCCUAAGGACCAGGAGGCCAUGCAGCUCCCCAAGGUCCCCACCAAGGGUGUCUCUAAGAAAUGCCUGAUCCUGAGCCCAAUGCCCGGGGCGGAGCGUGCCAUCCUGCCUGCACUAAAGCAGACCCUGAAGAAUAACUUCGCUGAGCGGCAGAAAAGGCUGCAGGUGGUGCAGAGCCGACGGCUGCACCGCUCCGUGCUCUGAGUGCCAUGAGCAGUCCUCAGUGGUCCGAGGCCAGGUCUGGAUCACAGCUGGGGACACUAACCCUCUCUAGGUAGCAUUCCAAAAGAACUCUAAUUCCACAUAAAACAAACUCACGGCAGAUAAAGUCCUUGGUCUGAGAACUGAGAAACGUUUAUUUUCUUGCUCAGUAUUUUGCUAUUCUGCAUUUACACAAGAACAUGUUAAAAGUAUUACCUCAAUUGUUGAAAUAAAGCUUGUUUCUCCCAGUCCUGAGUCUAGUUCCUUGCUGGCUGUCAGGUAUCACUGCCCUGGGAGGCCCCUAACUCUGAGCCCUAUAAU